CGAACCGAAAUCCAAAAAGAAACAAAUACAAUUCAAAUGUAGGAUCAGUACAAUUGUUUACCCUGGUAAUAUUAAAAAUGAGUGACUUCUUGGGUGUCAGUAACACUUGUGGGCAAAAUCUAUUGCGACUCGUCUCGCGAGGAAAUGCGGUAAUUGCUGAAUUAAUGAGGCUCAAGGACUAUGUGCCACCGGUUUUUAGGAUGGAUUCCAAACUGUUUGAGCAAAAAUAUGGAUCGAUUAUUUUGGAUUUCAUAUAUUUCAAUGCGACUGACCAAUACGAGCAAAAAAUUGAUAACGAUCCAAUUCUCCAAGAAGUAGACGAAGAGUUAAGAGAUAGUUACUCCGAUGUCCUGUCAAGGUUUUACUCGGCAUUUGAGAAUAUUUAUAAAUACAUUUCUGAACUAAAUAACUACAUUAACGAACUUGAAGCCGGUUUUUACAUACAGCAAACCGUGGAGUCUGUUAUGUUAAAUGAAGAAGGGAAACAACUAAUGUGCGAAGCUGUUUACUUAUAUGGAACAAUGCUAUUAGUAACAGACUUAUAUUUCGAAGGCUACAUUCGAGAGCGUCUGCUCGUUUCUCACUAUCGCUACAAUGUACAGAAUUCUUCUUCAACGAGAUUAGACGAUGUCUGUGUAUUACUCCGUUCGACUGGAUUUAGUCAAGUACAAGCAAAACGUCCAUCAAAUUAUCCCGAAGCUUAUUUUAUGAGAAUACCUAUAAAGAACUCGCUCAUAGAGCUUAUAAUCGAACGAUUACGCUGCGACGAGUUAUACAACCAAAACCUUGCUUUCCCUUUACCAGAGCAUCGGUCUACUGCACUAGCGAAUCAAGCAUCGAUGCUCGUAGUGGCUUUAGCUUUCGCUCCAAACAUAUUGCACAAUCAAACUGCAUUAAUGAGGGAAGUAGUCGAUAGGUUUUUCCCAAAUAGUUGGGUCAUAAGCGUAUAUAUGGGGAUUGUGAUAAAUCUUUUGGACUGGUGGUUUCCCUACAAAGCAGCGCGAAGUGCCCUUGACAAUACUCUCGAAACUUCUAACGUCAAAAAACAUGCUCAAAAAUAUGGAGUAAAAAUGAAAGAUCUAAUCACGGAGAUCAGUGAUAAGCAGAUCUCGGUACUAAUGGAUGAAAUUGCCGUUGAAGCUCUUGUGAAAUUAAUUAGAGAUUGUAAUGUGACACUACACUGGAUCCUGCUUCAUGUAGCGACUCCUAGUGGAUUGUCUAUUCCCUCGAAGCGUUCGCGCAAAUUGCAACAACUUGUUCUUCAAGAAAGUAAAUAUAUACCACGAGAGUGUCUUCAGUUGCUGCUUGGUACAGCUCAAAUUGAACAUGAUGUCAAGCAAAUAUGUAAACAGUUAUUCGAAGACAAAGAAUCAUCGUGGCUUAAAAACAAACAAGUAUGUGUCGAACGUAUUGGCGAACUUGCUGAAACGUUUAGUGGUGAAAGAAAUAUAGAUUGCAUAGAAAAAAAUCAGUGCCUUCAAGUGUGGUUUCGGGAAAUUGCUACUCACAUCGAUUCACUGCAGCAAGAAGACGGCAAAAAAAUAGUGCAGUUGUUGCAAGCACUAGAAGAAGUUCAAGAAUUUCAUCAACUGGAAAAUAACUCGCAUAUUUUACAAUACCUGGCCGAUACGCGUGAAAUUCUGCGUAACAUGUUGAGAUCAUCGACUGUAACAGAAGACAUCAUGAUCGUAUUAAAUAUCGUAACAGAUUGUUGUUACGCCUGGAACAUAUUGGAUUCUUUCGUUGACGUUAUGCAAGAAUCCAUAAAAGAACAUCCUCCCAUUGUCAUCAAAUUAAAGGCUUUAUUUUCAAAGAUGGCCUCGGCCCUGGAAAUGCCCCUUCUGAGAAUAAAUCAAUCGCACAGUGCAGAUUUAUCGUCGGUUUCGCAAUAUUACAGCAGAGAAUUGGAAGCUUUUGCACGCCGAGUACUACAGAUUAUCCCAGCAACUGUGUUUGGAUUACUCGCUGAUAUCAUUACCCUUGAGACGAAUACGUUUAAGGAAAUCCCCAGUAAAUUGAGUAAAGAAAAAAUGAAGGAUUUCGCGCAAUUAGAUGGUAGAUUAAAGGUAGCAAAACUCACAUACAAUAUAUCAGUUUUCACUAAAGGUUUGCUGUCACUACAAAGCGUUCCCUUGGGAGUAUUAAGGGUGGACUCUCAACGUCUUCUUGAGGAUGGAGUACGUCAAGAACUUAUAAAGAGAGUCACUACUGCACUUCACUGUGGUCUUGUUUUCGAUACUCGAACAAAGACGGACUUGGUGAAGAAACUUGAAACAUUGGCCGGAAUUAUGGAUGGGUACCGUAGGUCUUUUCAUUACAUUCAAGAUUACAUUAAUAUCAACAGUCUAAAAAUAUGGCACGAAGAAAUGAUAUAUAUAAUAAAUCACGCCGUGGAAAGAGAGUGCAAAGGUUCCACUUGGAUUCCACGAAAAGUAGGCGGAUUCUUUCAAGAUGAACAAACUUACACAUCGGCACAGGGUUUGGGCUCAACGUUCAUGGGAAGGGUUCUGCAAGAAUUAAUUCGCAUCACUGAUCCCAGAUGUACCAUCUACAUGGAGCAUGCUCUUGUUUGGUACGAUUUUAAGACCCAAAACGAGGUUGUUAAUCACAGUACCUUCUCUACAAUUCUACGAGCGAUCGGACCACCAGGGCUGUAUGGGAUCGAUAAAAUGCUUUGUUUCCUAAUUGUAACAGAACUAACGACUCUCGUGAACAGUAUAAAAGUUGAGAGUCGCAGCAAAAGUUGGCAGGAAGUGUUGGAUGAAUGCAACUCAUUUUUUGACAAUGAACGUCUGACUAAAGAUGACUUGGGAAAGUUGCAAAUGAUGGCUAAUCAAUAUGUAAGCAAGAUAUGGCCUUCGGUACUUGAUAAAAUCCAGAAGAUCGGGCACCUGCAAUUAUUAAGGAAAAGGAUCACGAAGGAAUUGAAUAUUCUUUGUAGAUUCGAGGCAAAACAUAUGGAAGCUGCUCUUAGGACCUUUACGGAGAAAAUUCUUUCCGAAAUGUCAAAUAGAACGGAGGAAAGUAUAGGAAGUCGCCAAGAGGCAGAAACUUUGUUUCAAUUAUGUGGACGCGUAGAUCGCACUGGCAUCGAAGAUACUCAAUGUCAAAUCUACAUAAAAGCUAAAAGCAUGCGCAGUGUUGCAUCGAUAAUGUUUUUGGUGACGAUAUCACAACUCUCGAAAUUAUAUUAUUCCAAAACCUUAGCUACUCUUUUAAGCAAAAGAAAUCAAGAUCCACUCGAUACAGCAGUUUUUAUAAUGGGUUUAAGGACAAUUCUUGUCCAAUUCCAUGAUUCUGUGUUUAGACAUUAUGCAGUCUUGCUGUGCGAGUACAUAGUAACCGCCGUAACUAUUGAUAGUGGAAGAUUAACAAACGAUUUGGAAGCUGACGGAGGAUCGAUGCUGCACUUUUUGGAAGCGUUCGCAAGAUGUUCCGCAGAGUCGAAAACUUUAAUCCAUAGCAAUAUUCCUAAUAUUAUACUGGACCAAUUUAGUGUUAAAUUUGAUAAAUAGUAUAAUUUCCGAGCUUUAAUAAUAUU